AUGCCGCGCCUCGUCCGUCGUGCGCCGCUCUCGGAGCGCAUCAAGGCAUAUCUCGACCCCUACGAUCUUCUGCUUUGGCUAGCCGAAGAGCUCAACGACGAUGCCUUCGAUGAAUGGAUGAAGUACUGGGCGUCGCCAAUUAGUAUCGUGCUCAACCUGAUCUUUGUGCUUGCAAGAGGAGCAAGCAAGGCUGCACAGACAAGAGGCAGAGACGAUGUGUUCGGGGAUAUCAAUGAUGGAGGAGGAAGUGCAUGGUUCGCAUGGAUAGCUGUCUUCUUGGUCCAGCUUCUAACACUCUUUUGCUGCUUCAAUGCCUUCUACACCUUCUUCCGGAAACGGAACUACCGCCUCUUCGAGCAACCCGUUGAUAUCGCACCAGCCACUCCUUCAGCCCAUCGAGUGCGAGUGGACAGCUCACCCAUGUCCUCGUCACCUUUGCGAUACUUGCAGAACGUCAUCUCCAGCGCCACAGCUUCAAGUAGAGCGUACCCAGACGCCGAAAGGGAGGUCUGGGAGGUCAGCAUUUGGGAUCCGAAACCUGCAAGCUUGACGAUCUUCACUCUCUUCUCGCCCGGCCAUGUGCUUCUGUACUAUGCGCUACUACCGCCAGCUCUACUGGAUCCACGACCAUCAGUCACUGUCUUCACCGCGCUAGGCUUUGGCGCACUGCUGUCAUUGCAGCUCGGACUUCUUCGAACUUCCUUCAGCCAGCAGGCAAAGGAUUCAGCCCUAGUCCAUGGCGAAGUCAUGAAUGAGUACGACACGAAAUUCGUACGGCCCUCUCUGAACCGACCAGUCAGAGAUGUAGGUACGCAAACGCGCGAAAGCGCCACCACGCCAAAAGGCACGAAGACACGAGAAGUCGAUGUCUACACACCCACCACAAUCAUCAAUCGCGGGUUUCGGGUCAAUCCAAAUCCAAAUUAUGCAAGCCAAUACAACCCAGAUGAUAUUCCGACACCAGAAGACGGACCAGCGAGGCAGCAAGCUUCACAACUACAACGCACCCCAUCGAUGAGCACACCAACCAAUGGCACAUACGUCAAUGGCUAUACACAAUCAGCGUACUCACGACCCAGCACAAGCGGCGGGCCAGAAAUGUCCUCGCCACUGAAACCACACCACGAACGACUGCGAGAGCGAAGUCCGAUCAAGGGCGAUGGUGGGAGUAUGGGAGUCUACAGCCACGCCGCGAGUCCGUUGCGCAAAGCAGCGAGCAGUAAUAUCUUGCGUCCGAGCGAAACAGGCACAAGAGAGAGGCCUAUGAGUCCAUUGAAACGGGUGAGUACGCCUGGGAGUGGUCUUGAUCGUGAUGGUGGAGCGGCGAGAAGGAGAGAGACGGGGCGAUUCUAG